AUGAAGACGGGUCCUCCCGCAUGGGCGGUGGAUGCGUCCAUCGUCUUCGCGCUCGUCUACCUCGCCGGCUCCUUGGAACUCGUCGAACCGUUUGAGCGGUACCUGGUCCCGGAGACGCUCCCAAAAUAUUCGUACCCGUUCACGACGGACCAGAGCGUCCCGACGUGGACGCUCCCGUUCCUCGGCGUGUUCAUCCCGCUCGGUUUGAUCGUAUCCGUCGCGGCUUUCACCGGCGCGGGUUGGCUGGAGAUCCGGAGGUCCAUCGCGGGUCUGUGCGUUUCCGUGUCACUGGGUUGGGCCGUGACGAAUCUUCUCAAGGUAUCCAUCGGUGGGUACAGGCCCGACUUCCUCUACCGCUGCUGGCCCGACGGCAACGUCGCGUGGGCCUCGCCGGGGGUCCCGGCGUGCACGCCCACAAACCCUCGGCACGUCAUCGAAGGCAGGAAAUCGUUUCCCAGCGGACACUCCAGCAUGUCGUUUUCGGGUCUCGCCUACGCGGCGGCGUACGCCACGGCUAGGCUGGAGGUCUUCUCCCCGUACGACUACGGCGUCGUCGGCGUGCACCCGAGAGACCGGGCGUCAAUGUUAAGGAUGGCGUUGGCGUGGUGGCCGCUGGCGCUCGCGACGUACGUGGCGUUGAGCAGGUGGAGGGAUUACUGGCACCACUCCGAGGAUGUGAUUUGCGGGUCGCUGCUCGGGACGGGCGCGGCGUACUUGGCGUGGGUGACUAAGCAGCCCUUAGCCGGCGCGGGAGCUCGCGGCGCCGGGGGUUUGCGCAGGGAGGGGCGAGAUUACGCGCCGAUUGGGGCGGAGAGCGGCGAAGGGAGCGCGGAUUCGGCUCGGUUGGACAGGAUGGAGGGGCGGGGUCCGCGCUCGGAGUAA